AUGUCAACAGAAAACAUGGCAAACACACCGAAAUCGGCAAAGACGAAAAAGACAAAGGACGACAAGUCGGCAAAGAAGCGACGACACGACGAACAAGCCACAGCAGCUACACCAGCAACAGCAGAAGCAUCAGAGACGACAAUUGAGAGCCUACCAAAGCGUCCGCGCAUCGCAUCGCCAGAAGCUGCAGAUGUAGCAACCAGCAGCACAUCCCCUUUUGUCAAGCAAACAUCUUCCUUCUAUCUUCCUCUGUCGCCAAUCUACCACGCUUUCCCUGUCGAUGGUCUCUGCGCCGAACACAUUUCUCCUCUCUUGCUCACCUACCACCCACCUCUUCGCGGCGUAAUCCUUUCCUACGACAACCCACGCCUCUCAAACAACCCCGCUGACGCGCCUUCCUCACGCGACGGCCCCGAUGCCUCUCCCACCGUCCUCGCAAAAUCAAUCGACGAAUACGCAGUCUCGUUUGUAUGGCUGACCGUCGACUUUACGCUGUUGCGCCCCACNCCCGGCGCCGUCAUCGAAGGCUUCGUAAGCCUCCAAAACGAAAGCUACCUCGGUCUGGUCUGCUGGAACUUUUUCAACGCAGGCGUGGACCGCAAACGCAUUCCCUCGGGCUGGAAAUGGGUGCCCAACCACAACGCUAAUGCCGGCACCAAGAGCGCAACAGACUGGAUGAGAGGCCUGCGCAACAAGAGUGACGAAAGCAGUGGCUACUACGUUGACGAAACCGGCAAGAAGAUUGAAGGAAAGAUCAAAUUCACAGUCAAGGAUUUCGAAUCGGCGCCUAGUACAGACCGCGAAAGAGGAUUUUUGAGUAUCGAGGGUACCUUGUUGAGUCCAGAGGACGACAAAGCUUACGACAAGGAACUCAAGGCUGCGAGAAGAGUGCCGAANAAGAAGAGGGUGCCUGCUUUGAAUGUCAACCCUGAGUGGUAG